UUCUAUCUAGUAUAAAAAAGAGACUCGACUGGUCAUCAAAACAAAUUAAGAAACUCGGCUCUCUCUCUCUCUCUCCACUGCGUCUCUGCCUCUCUGAGAUGGACUCGGCUCAAGAGAAUGAAAUGGUGGCGAAGAGGAAGCGGCCUUCAGGUCCUGUGAACGAUCCAGUAGGCGAUCAUGUUGAAGGGGUGGGCCUGGAUGCAAUUGAGAAAGCCGUCAAUCUCUACAUUUCGGAAUCCAAGGGGGUUGCUUCAGCCAAGAUGGAAGCGAGUCGGAACCCCGGAGGGUUACUCCACUGCCUUGCAAGGGUGACGGAGGUCCCCGAUUAUGCCCGCAUGUCUGAGGAAUGGCUUGCUGAAACUAAGAGAAGGGACCUUUGUAUGAUGAAAGCUAAAAGGUCGGCAAGGGAGAAGGAAGCUGAAAGAUUGGCAAGGGAGAAGAAAGCAUUCUGUUUGCUUGAUGGCUUUGCUGUUUUGUUUGGUUGGUAGCAUAGUGUUUGCUUGGUCAUUCAUGUUGAGAUUGAGUGGAAUGAACUUGGAAGGCUUAGAUCUGCAAGGCUGCAAGGACCAGCAUUCCAGCAUUGUGGAUUUCCCAUUUCUGUGUUAUUAUUUUCUUCUAUGUAGUAUGUACUGUCUAUUACUUUUGUGUAUGUACUGUCUAUUACUCCUGUGGGAUUUCUGGCAUUCGUGCAAGACUGCAGCUGUGCAAGUUAUGUGUAAUGUACUGCACCCAGUGCAUUGCUUUUAUGUUUUCAUUGUUGUCUCUUGUUCA